UUGGCCGGCGCAGAAAAGCCGGGCGUGAGGGCCGCAGCCUCUGGAGGGAGCAGCAGCGGGUCUCUCCCUCACUCGCGCUCCGCGCUUCCCAGCUCUUCGGUUCUGCUCUGUUCGCCGCCAUGGCCCAAGCUGACAUCGCGCUGAUCGGAUUGGCCGUCAUGGGCCAGAACUUAAUUCUGAACAUGAAUGACCAUGGCUUUGUGGUCUGUGCUUUUAAUAGGACUGUCUCCAAAGUUGAUGAUUUCUUGGCCAAUGAGGCAAAGGGAACCAAAGUGGUGGGUGCUCAGUCCCUGAAAGAGAUGGUCUCCAAGCUGAAGAAGCCCCGGCGGAUCAUCCUUCUGGUGAAGGCUGGGCAAGCUGUGGAUGAUUUCAUCGAAAAAUUGGUACCGUUGUUGGACACUGGUGACAUCAUCAUUGAUGGAGGAAAUUCUGAAUAUAGGGACACCACAAGACGGUGCCGAGACCUCAAGGCCAAGGGAAUUUUAUUUGUGGGGAGCGGAGUCAGUGGUGGAGAGGAAGGGGCCCGGUAUGGCCCAUCGCUUAUGCCAGGAGGGAACAAAGAAGCAUGGCCCCACAUCAAGACCAUCUUCCAAGGCAUUGCUGCAAAAGUAGGAACUGGAGAACCCUGCUGUGACUGGGUGGGAGAUGAGGGAGCAGGCCACUUCGUAAAGAUGGUGCACAACGGGAUAGAGUAUGGGGACAUGCAGCUGAUCUGUGAGGCAUACCACCUGAUGAAAGACGUGCUGGGCAUGGCGCAGGACGAGAUGGCCCAGGCCUUUCAGGAUUGGAAUAAGACAGAGCUCGACUCAUUCCUGAUUGAAAUCACAGCCAAUAUACUCAAGUUCCAAGACACCGAUGGCAAACACCUGCUGCCAAAGAUCAGGGACAGCGCGGGGCAGAAGGGCACGGGGAAGUGGACCGCCAUCUCCGCCCUGGAGUACGGUGUACCCGUCACCCUCAUUGGAGAAGCUGUCUUUGCUCGGUGCUUAUCAUCUCUGAAGGAUGAGAGAAUUCAAGCUAGCAAAAAGCUGAAGGGUCCCCAGAAGUUCCAGUUUGAUGGUGAUAAGAAAUCAUUCCUGGAGGACAUUCGGAAGGCCCUCUACGCUUCCAAGAUCAUCUCUUAUGCCCAAGGCUUUAUGCUGCUAAGGCAGGCAGCUAUCGAGUUUGGCUGGACCCUCAAUUAUGGUGGCAUCGCCCUAAUGUGGAGAGGGGGCUGCAUCAUCAGAAGUGUAUUCCUAGGAAAGAUAAAGGAUGCAUUUGAUGGAAACCCGGAACUUCAGAACCUCCUACUGGACGACUUCUUUAAGUCAGCUAUUGAAAACUGCCAGGACUCCUGGCGGCGAGCAGUCAGCACUGGGGUCCAGGCUGGCAUUCCCAUGCCCUGUUUUACUACUGCCCUCUCCUUCUAUGACGGGUACAGACAUGAGAUGCUUCCAGCCAACCUCAUCCAGGCUCAGCGGGAUUACUUCGGGGCUCACACCUAUGAACUGUUGGCCAAACCAGGGCAGUUUAUCCACACCAACUGGACAGGCCACGGUGGCAGUGUGUCAUCCUCGUCAUACAAUGCCUGAUCGUGCUGCUCCUGUCACCCUCCACGAUUCCACAGACCAGGACAUUCCAUGUGCCUCAUGGCACUGCCACCUGGCCCUUUGCCCUAUUUUCUGUUCAGAUCUUUUUUUAAAGUGUUGUAAGAGACUCUUGAGGAAGACAGUUUAUUUGCAAAGUAGCUCUGUGAGAGCCACCGUGCCCUCUGCCCUUGCCUCUUGGGACUGACCAGGAGCUGCUCAUGUGGGUGAGAGUGGGAACCAUCUCCUUGCGGCAGUGGCUUCCUCCUGCCCCAUGUGCUGGUGUGGUUCCCAUCACGCAGUUGGGAAGGAUGUUUGUGCACUCGGAUCAACUGGAACCUCUAUCAUGCGGCUGAAUUCCCGUUUCCCUUUACUCAAUAAAAGCUACAUCAGACUG